GCAGGUAAGGAUCAAACAGAAGCGUGGUCAGUAAACAAGCCAAGGUCGGUAAUGAGCAGUCGCAGGUUGGGAUCAGGCAGAAGCGCAAUUGAGAACAAGCCAAUGUCGUUAAAGAGCAGUCGCAGGUUGGGAUCAGGCAGAAGCGUAGUUGAGAACAAGCCAAGGUCGGUAAUGAGCAGUCGCAGGUUGGGAUCAGGCAGAAGCGUAGUCGAGAACAAGCCAAGGUCGGUAAUGAGCAGCUGCAGGUUGGGAUCAGGCAGAAGCGUAGUCGAGAACAAGCCAAGGUCGGUAAUGAAGCAGUCGCAGGUUGGGAUCAGGCAGAAGCGUAGUCGAGAACAAGCCAAGGUCGGUAAUGAGCAGCUGCAGGUUGGGAUCAGGCAGAAGCGUAGUCGAGAACAAGCCAAGGUCGGUAAUGAGCAGUCGCAGGUUGGGAUCAGGCAGAAGCGUAGUCGAGAACAAGCCCAAGGUCGGUAAGGAGCAGUAGCAGGUUGGGAUCAGGCAGAAGCGUAGUUGAGAACAAGCCAAGGUCGGUAAUGAGCAGUCGCAGGUUGGGAUCAGGCAGAAGCGUAGUCGAGAACAAGCCAAGGUCAGUAAUGACAGUCGCAGGUUGGGAUCAGGCAGAAGCGUAGUCGAGAACAAGCCAAGGUCGGUAAUGAGCAGUCACAGGUUGGGAUCAGGCAGAAGCGUAGUCGAGAACAAGCCAAGGUCAGUAAUGAGCAGUGCAGGUUGGGAUCAGGCAGAAGCGUAGUCGAGAACAAGCCAAGGUCAGUAAUGAGCAGUUGCAGAUUGGGAUCAGGCAGAAGCGUAGUCGAGAACAAGCCAAGGGUCAAUAAUGAGUGAUAGCAAAAUAUGAAUAAUAACAGAGAAGGCAAGGAGCAAAAUACUGGCUGGAG